AUGUCCAAUGAAGGGGAGGUAAUUGAUAACAGGCCACAGCCGGACAACUUCGUUGAAUUUAUGCCGUGGGCCUGCUCACAGCUACAAAUGGACCAUGUUAUCAUCAUUGAAAAAAUUGAACAACAUGAAUAUGUGAGUGCCGUGAACCCAGACCGCAUCAAAAAAGUUAGAAGCAAAGCCAAACUUCAGUCACAUUUCGAACUAACAUCAGAUCAAGAGAAAGACGAGAACCUGGACACAUUAAAAACACCGAUUUCCAUCGAUUCGCAAAUGGUCUACAUCACCGCUGUCUACGACCACGCAGAUAACCUGACCCAAUUAAAGUUCGAGAAGAACAAGGAAAUACCGCGUCUGAUUUGGAAGAUCUUGGGCCUCAUCAUAAAAUAUUACACCCAACUAACGAGCAUAACCAUCAACGGCGGCAUGAACCAAUAUACCAUACACGAAAUCAGUAAAUUUCUCAAAACGUCCUAUGUGACUGAAGUGAUUUUGGAUAAUUCGUUUAUAUGUGAAGCCAAUUUCUGCCUCUUGCUGAAUUGUGAGAACAGCUUGUAUCAUAUAUCCUUAGCUGGAUGUGAUAUCGACGAUAAUAUUACAGCAAACAUUGCGUCCAAGCUGGUUUUUCCCUUACCAGCUUCGAAGAAGUUAAGUAUCCUAAAUCUAUCAUCAAACAAAAUAACUGAUGAAGGCGCUAAACAUUUGGGCGAAGCCCUACGUUCCAACAGGCAACUGAGCUAUCUCAACUUAUCAAACAAUAAACUAUCCGACGACGGCGCUGACUAUUUACUAAACAGCUUAAGUGAAUUCGUUUUAACAGCAGAUGAGUUGCUAACAGCACGAGCCAGACACAUAGCAUUCUUGAAGAGAAAGAAUGAAUUGGCUAAGAAGACGCUGCAGGAACUUAAAGCGGGUGAAUUCGGGAGGGGAGCAAGAAAGAAGACAUUGAGACAGACGACCGUUGGCCUCACACCUAAACGCGGAAAACUAGAGAAGGAUACCUCUCUAAAAUCACUCGUGGACGCAAACGCGAAGAGUUUUCUCAACGUAGAUGUUCUAUUAUACGACAAAGCGGUCGCCAUAGCUGAAAAUGAACUUGGAGAUUUCGAUGAUCCAUUUAGCUCUGACAACACAGUCUUUAAAGACGGCUACACAUAUUCUAAAGGGAACAAUUCGUUGUGCUAUUUAAAUCUAUCGUUUAAUAACUUAAGUUAUUUAUGUCUUAAGAAGAUAGCUACGUUAAUCAAGUACCAGAGGAGCUUAGAUAGAAAGCCUUCCGGCUUGUACAAUGUGAUAAUCGAAGGGAACCCUCUGCCGGUGUCGUGUACGGAGCUUAAUCAGAUAGAUGAUUUGAUUGACAUGGGCUUGGCAGCUCACAGACGGAUUUCUGGCGUGAAGAAACGAGGUGGUCAUACGAAGCGUUGA